AUGGCUCCCGUAAGAAAUAAGAAGAGGGUCUCGGACCAAUCCACCACCUCAAAGAGGCAGGGUACAACCACAGACACGAAAGUACCAGUCAAGAGCCCAUCAACACCUCAUGAUAGAAGCCCAAUCAAGAAGCGCAAGAUGGGACUCAGCGCCUUGCAAAAGCAGGCGCUGAUAGAUAACCUCCAGCUUGAAGUCACUGAACGGGCGAGACGGCUUCGUGCGCAAUACCAGCUUCAAGCGCAAGGUCUACGGUCACGAAUCGAGAUCCGAAUCAACAGAAUCCCCAUGUCCCUGCGAAAGCUAAAAAUGGGUGACCUCAUCCUAAAGUAUUCAGAACAGGAGCAGGCCAGACUUGUUACCCGGCCUCCCCCAGUGCCUGCCAAGGACACACCGCGCUCUAGCCCACAGCGAACGCUACCAGCUCGUACACAGGCUGCCAGCCGCGGAUACAAGCGCAUGAGCAGUGAAAUUGCCGGAGACAAGGAAAAUGAUCUGGAACACAUGGACGGAGCCAAGAAGAGACCCAGAGCAGACGCUGGACGUGUCAGACCUAACCAAGUUCUGUCACCAACUUCAUCAAACUCUCGCCUUGCAAAUCGUGAAAGACCCGCGUCACCUACGAAGCCACAAAUCCCUCGGCCGGGCUCUCCCUUGAAAUCUACGACGGCUUCACGCGCCGCCGCCUCAAGUGUACUCACCAGCAUGGUCGAAAAGGCCAAGGCUACGCGCAGCAGAGGGACCAGAAAGGUGACCACAACCUCGGAAACGAGUUCCACGUCUCAUGGAACGACAACAUCAAAGGCACGACGACCCGCGGCCGCAGCAACCGGUGGUAGAGUACCCGCGUCUCGACCAGCAACCCGAACUGGCCGACGUCCUAGUGAGACGAGCGAGACCAGCGAGGGGAGUGCCGGCACCGUAGUCAGAAAACCAAGUGCCGCCAAAAAGACGGCGCCAGCAGCUUCGCGUACUACGGUGAUGGGGACUAUCCGAAAAGGUGUCACUGGUGCCACGGCCAAGAGGACAGCAGCAAAGGCAGCGGCGGCGACGGCAGCACCUCCGUCCACAACAACUGCGAGUGGUAGGGUAUUGCGAAAGCGAGGAUAG